AUGGCCUCCGCAAACCCACCUCCGAUCCCCAAAACCCGCACCAGCGGCAGUCCCGGCCUCGACCAUGGCCGCACCGUCUUCUCCACCGAGCGCUUCGGCGCCGGCGAAACCAUCGCCAUCCUUGAAAACCCUCUGCUCGCUCUCCCCGACGACGCCAACAUGCGUACAACCUGCAACUACUGCCUCUACGUCAGUGGCACGAUCGAGUUCGAGGGCGACGUGAAAGCCGGGCCGCGGACGUGCAAGGCGUGCACGGGCUGCAAGGCAGCCGUGUACUGCAACGCCGAGUGCCAGCGGCAGCACUGGAAGCUGGUGCACAAGGCCGAGUGCAAGAUGUUCAAGCGGAUCCGGGAGCGGACGGGCAAAGAUUGGGUGCCGACGCCCGUGAGGGCGGUGGCGCAGGUCAUGUUGUUGUUGAAGGCUGGGGAUGAGGAGGUUACUAAGGCGUUUGGGCCGGGGGGCACGUUAGAGAGUAAUGUGGAGGGGUUCAAGACUGAUGAGGAGCUGUGGAAGGAUUUUGAGUUGCAGGCGACGGGUGCGGUGGUUUAUGCGGGUUUGUUGCAGAGUGAUGAGACGUUGAAGCAGGCUAUGGAGGUUUUGUGCAAGAUCCAAACGAAUGCGUUCAACAGGUUUGAUGCCGACACCGGACAGGCUGGUAUCUAUCUUCACCCUAGUCUUUCUAUGGUGAAUCACUCUUGCGUGCCAAACGCGUACAUCACCUUCGAGAAGCGCAAAGCUUUUCUCAAAGCGGAACGGGAUAUCGAACCGGGCGACGAGAUUCUGAUUUCAUACAUCGAUCACACAGCCCCUCGCCGCGCAAGGCAAGAGUCACUUCGACUCUACCACUUCCAGUGCAACUGUGUUCGCUGCAAAGACGACUUAAAUGUCUACGAAGUGAUCCAGGCUUGCGGAGUCUCUCCAGGUGUCAAAUGGUUGAAUUCCGCCACUUUCCAGCCCGAUGUCGCCAGCCUGAUUCCUGCUUACAUUGAAAGGUCAAAGAAAGUACUAAAAUCGAAGAUCGAGGAAAUACACUGGAAGUUUGUGGGCUAUCGAUCCCCUUCCUGCCACAAUUCUCAACCUAGCUACCAUGUGGGAUCUAACCGCACCACGUUGGCCAAGGCGCUUCCUCUGCACUGCUUCCUUGCCGUGGAAUCCUGGCCCUUCAAGUAUCCCGAAUCAUUCGCGCCAUUCAGGGUCAAAACGUUGAUGACAAUUGCAAAGCUCUUGUCCGCGGCUGGAGAUCUGACCUAUAGCGGCGAUCUUGCUCGGUAUUGCGACCACGAGGGUGUUAUUGGGGUUCUGGCAACGGUCGACAUUGUUUCUCUCACCGAGGUGAUUCUCCGACUCGUCAGACAGAACGGUGUAAUAGGAGGUGUGGCAUCGUGGGAUGUCAUGUUCGGAACCCAAGAAAUGUUGCGUGACAUCGGAGAUCUGCAGGACCGCGACGAAAAUGAGGCCGCUAUGGUCAAGCAUUGGGCAAACGACUUGCAAGAUCCUGCGAGCAAGGCUUUCUGGGAAGACGUUGUGCUGAAGCCGAUCAAACAGCUCGCGAGUUUCGCGAUCGAGAUUAUCGAGGCUGAGCUGGGAGACAACAAAAGCCUGGCUCGCAAGUGA